AUGUCAGGAUGUCAACUCACCAUCGACACAAACACAGUGAACAGAAACAUCAAACUGUCUGAAGACAACAGGAAGGUGACAUGUGUGAAGAAGCUUCAGUCAUAUCCUGAUCAUCCAGACAGAUUUGAUUACUGGAAUCAGCUGCUGUGUAGAACUGGUCUGACUGGUUGCUGUUACUGGGAGGUCGAGUGGAGAGGAAAUGUUUAUAUAUCAGUGAGUUACAGAAGAAUCAGGAGGAAAGGAAACAGUAGAGACUGUGUGUUUGGAUGGAAUGAUCAUUCCUGGAGUCUGAGCUGCUCUGAUGUUCAUGGUUACUCUGUCUGUCACAAUAACAGAGGAACUGGUCUCUCCUCCUCCUCUGUCUCUACCAGAGUAGCAGUGUAUGUGGACUGUCCUGCUGGCAUUCUGUCCUUCUACAGAGUUUCCUCUGACUCACUGAUCCUCCUCCACACCUUCAACACCACAUUCACUGAACCUCUGAUUCCUGGAUUUGGGUUCUGGUUCAGUUCUGGUUCCUCAGUGUUUCUGUGCUGA